AAGUGUUUAGGAACAUACCCUUCAGGUUGCCAGGUGGUGCGACUCCCUCCUCCUGAAGCUUUAUAGCAGCAGUAGCUGGAGCUGUCUCACCGAUCCCUCCUUCAUAUUAUCAAUCGCCUCAUCUUUGAGGAGCCAUAAGCUGCUGGGAUGCACCUGUAUGGAAGAACUCCUCUCUUUAUGGCACCUUUACAGCUUUAAGGAACACAGCACGAAGGUCCUAAACACACCAGCUUUCCAGGCAGAUAACGGCUUAAGAAAUACCACAACUUUCCAAGCAAACCUUCCACUGCUCCCUUCUCUUCAGUGAUGCCCAGGUGAGACCCACCCAAAGCAGACGGAUCAGCUUCCAUUGAGUGAUUAUUGUAUUAGCAUGUAAGCGGCAGAUGAAUUAUGGAGGGAGCCAGCAUCACCGUCUUUGUCAUCGUACAGAAGAUAUACUACCCGUUACUCUGUGUCAUGGGUAUCCCAGCAAACCUCUUCACGUUCUACAUGAUCUGUUUCCGUAAAUGUGGGAUGUCCAACACAGCCAUCGUUUACCUGAGCUGUCUGGCCAUUGUAGACACCUUCUACCUGCUGUGGGUGAUUCUCAUCGACCUCACUCUCACUUUCUGGAUGCGGCAGCCCUUCUGGCACUCCCAUCCCUGGUGUGGCAUUCUGGGAUUCCUGCAGUAUGGAGCUCUCUACAGCUCUUCCUGGAUUGUGGUGGUGUUUACCAUCGAGCGAUACCUCGUCCUCCGAAGCACGGCAACCAAACAGCACUUCUCCCAGCCCUGGGUCACCAAACUGACCUGCAUCGCUAUUGUGCUGGUGUCCCAUGUGGUUUCUGUACCGAUGGCUUGGAUCAACGUUGUCACACCUGUGGACUUCACCGUGAACGGGGAGAACGUGACGCUGCCCAGGUGUCGAUAUCGUGAUAAGACCUACUCUACAGUUUUAGUGUGGAUAGCCACCUUCCUCUCUAUAGGAAUCCCCAUCGUGUUGGUCAUCAUCUUCAACUCCCUCAUCAGCUACCAUCUGUGCCGCGCCAGCAAUCUUUUCACCAAGGAGGAGCGUCGUGUCAUGCAUGGGAAGAGCACCAGGGGGAUGUUGAGAAGAACCAUUCUGCUGCUGGGAACAGUCUCCGUGACCUUCGUUGUACUCAGUCUGCCUCGGUUUGUCACGUACUCCAUCCUGAGGACCCAGUACAACAAUGAGAGCUUCAACAGGAAUGACUACAGCAUUCCCAUCAACGUGGCUGGAGAUUUAGCCAACAUGCUGCAGAACUUAAACUCCACCACCAACUUCCUGCUCUACUGCAUGGUCAGCCGGUGCUUCCGGAGGGAGCUGGUCCGGGUGGUGACUUGUAAUUCGAAGGCCCGUGAGCUGGGCUCCGUCCUCACUCAUACUACCAUGAAAGUCUUCUCAGUGGUUAAUCAUAAGACUUCCAGCAAUCCUGGGAUAGUGGUGCUAAUCAAUCUCAAACAGAUGGAGUAGAAAGCAAUUCCAAGAACAAGUUCAUCUUUAACCCUGGAAGUUAAUUUUUGGUCUUAAAUAGUAGCUUUACACAACAGCCUUAUUUCAAGGUCUACCUAACAACUUCAUGUAGACUUAAUCCUAACAAACUCAACAAACUGAGAUACAGCCAAAAGCUAAUAUGUGCACCUUGAGCUAAAAUUAUUUUGUGAACUUAAUCCGUAAUGCUUUUCCUUAUUUUUAGCUAUUCUAAUGUUAUGCCUUCUGGUCCACUCUUUUGGUCCUGACUGAAAUAGCUCAACAACUGUUUGAUUGAUUGCCAUGAAACUUUGUACAGAGAUUCAUGGCCCCCAGAGGAUGAGUACUACCAACUUUAGUGAUCCCCAUCUUUUCAUCUUGUGCCACCAGUUGGUUAAAUUUUCCACUUAUUCAGAGACAAACAUUCGUUUUCCCAAAUUAUGUAUCCUGAUAACUACAGUGACUUUCUGAUUUCUAUUUAAAACUAUUAUAAGGAUCACAAUUGAGGUCUUAAGAAUUACUGGAUUGCUAAAUCUGUGUUUUUGAGACUGUCAUCAGUAUGCUGUAGCUUGGACAUAGCUGUAGAUGGACAUGUUCAUCCAUGGCAGUGACUGCUUGAUUUACUUAUUAUAGUUUCAAACAUAGAAAAAACACAAUAUGGACAAUGAACAAUGAUGGUGAACAAUUUUCACAAAAGGGUAUCUUUAAGAAGAGCUGAAUACUGGAUUAGAUUGCACAUUAGUGGUACAUGUGUUGAAAGUUGAUUUCACUGGAAGAUGUUUCAGUUCAUAAUAACUGAUCCUUUGCUGUUAUCAAGCUAACAUUUUAAUUUCUCCAGUGAUCAGAUGCAUGCAAAACUAAACUUCAGUUACUCUUUUUGUGUUGUGAUAGUCAACAGAUGUUAGCAUGAUAGCACACUAACUUAUAAUAAUGCGAAAUCCAUCUGCCUAAACAUCGGCACCUUGUGUGCUCAUUGCUAUUGUUAUACUUCUCCCUUGAUUUGUUACCUUCAUUCAUAUAUUCCUAAUUAGUUUAUGCUCUAACUUGUCAGUUUCAAGUCUCCUUCAGUACAAAAUUAUGUUCAUUUUGUAAAUUAAAGUCUCAUUUAGAGUAAAAUAGAAAAUAAAGCAGGGUAUGUUUUAGGGCGGAGCUACCUUGUGAUUGACAGGUUGAUGUUGUACUGUAUAGCCGUGCACAGUGUCCACUCCUUGCAUGUUAUGUCCAGUUUCAAAAGGCCAAAUGCCAAACCAAAGGCUUCAAAACAGAAGUUCACAAACCAAUGGGUGAAGUGAGGGUGCCUACGUCCUUUUUUUUUAUACAGUCUAUGUUGUGGAGAGCCUCCAGCAAGGGUGUAGUCAGUAAAGUUCAUAAAGGCAUUUGGAAGUUAAUUUGUAGUGUGUAACUGUGGAUUCGAAGUUAUGCAGAACACGUGAACUUGUUAUGUGGCAUAGAAAAUGUUUCAUUGUUUAUCCAAAACUCACUAUUUAAUACUGUAAUUGAAUUCAUACAAACUGCAUGUUUUAUUCCCAUACAUGUCAAGUGUUUACUUUCUGACUGAUU